AUGCUUGAUAGGUUCUUGAGAAACAAUCCACCUACGUUCAAGGGAAGGUUUGAUCCGGAGGGAGCACAGUCUUGGGUGCAAGGCACGGAGAGGAUCUUCCGUGCUAUGGUUACCGGUGAUGAGCAGAAGGUGUGGUUGGCUACGCAUAUGCUUGCAGAGGAGGCUGAGUAUUGGUGGACUAACACCAAGGGAAGACUUGAGUUGGGCGGUGAGGCUGUGACUUGGGCUAGGUUCAAGGCCGAGUUUCUGAGGAAGUAUUUUCCGGAAGAUUUGAGGACAAGGAAAGAGGUGGAAUUCUUGAAUUUGAAGCAAGAGAACUUGUCUGUGGCGGAGUAUGCGGCUAAGUUCGAGGAGCUCUCCAGGUUUUGCCCAUACAUUAAUGCGAAAGAUGCUAUGGUUUCUAAAUGCGUGAAGUUUGAGAGCGGACUUCGACCAGAUAUCUACCAAUACAUGUGUGUUCAGGAGAUCCGAGAGUUUGACGGUGGGUCACAAGUCUUAUGA